AUGGCACCUUCAAAGUCUGUUGGUGUUUUGGUGGGGCUCCUGCUCUUGGGCCUAGCUGUCUCUGCGCACGAUGCCGCGGCUGGUCCGCCGGAUUAUCAGGACAAGGUUGGGGUGGCGCGCUGGCUGGCGCAUCAGGCCGUCGAGGGCGUCUUGGCCACCACUUCCACCGCUUUUCCUGGCUAUGCGUUUGGCAACACACAAUCCUUCGCCGAUGGCACGAUCAAGAACAGCACCGGACACCUCUUCUUCUACGUCAGCAAUCUCGAUGCUUCGAUCCAGGACAUUUUGGUGGAUCCUCGCUGCACCUUUACACUUAGUGAAGUGGAGACAAACUUUUGCAAACAAAAUCACUAUGACGCCGAGGAUCCCCGCUGCGCCCGCCUCACCUUUGUGGGCACUUAUCGGAACGUGACAAGUGCCGAGGAACCGCACGCCCAGGCAGCGUUGUUUGAUCGCCAUCCUGAGAUGAAAUCGUGGAACUCACAAGGCAGCUUCCACGACUUUCAUUUCACGACCCUUGAGAUCGAGCACAUCUGGCUGGUGGACAUGUUUGGUGGCGCUGCUGACGUCGAUGUCAAGCAGUAUUACGCCCGUAACAACGUGACUGCUUUGUAA